AUGCUGUCUGAAUACUUUCCAGACGCGUGUGGCGGUGUAAUAAAUGCUGCCAAUGGGACGGUUCAAACACCCGGCUAUCCCAGCGAAUAUCCCCCGAACAAAAACUGCAUCUGGAAGAUUGUUGCCGCUCCCAAAUCAACAAUCUUCCUGAAUUUCACCCACUUUGAUCUCGAGGGCAAGAACGUAAGUCGUUGCGGAUUCUGCAUUCUAAGACAUUAAAAUUGGUUUAAACAGACUGAAUUGUUCCAUCAACUCCGCCACUCUCCAAUAUGAACAAUUUUACGGAAUAUGUUUGCUCUGGAUGUAUGUGAAUUUUGGUCACUGAGCCGACAUUGUGAAGUGAAAUAAUGGAAAUAGAUUGACAACAAACUUUAUGGAGCUGCAAAUGCAGCCAUCCUCGAACUAACUGCUAUUCGGAAAAGGCACCUUUUUUCUGUGUUAUAAGUAGGAAAGUCUACCGUAAACUGCCGAUCUUCCAAAAAUGAUCGGAGCUUUGACGCUGCGUUCGCAGACUUCGGCUAUUGUUGCACGUGGCACGCAAACACUGAUUGUGAUAUUACUUCUUUUACAAAAAGCUCGGCCUCUGGCUCUCACAUGUAUGACCUCUUAUAAGAAAUGAGAGUAUUUGUUCCAGCGUAUUCGAGUGCAGGGCUUUCCUAUGUAACAUUAAUCAAUCGUGGGCGUGUGAGCUAUUCCCUGUGGACAACGAUUAGCCCAACACUUUUCAGUCGUAUUGUUUCAUCAUAUUCAUAUUACAACGGGAGACCGGGAUGACUAUUUCUGGCUUAUUGGCCGUCAUCAGCCAGUCAUACCCAAUCCCAAGCGUGGAUUAUCUGAGAUUCGGACCCGGUAUUUUUGGUCAUGGAGAUUGACACUCAACCAUUGAGCCACGGACCCAUUGUUCUAUCGGUUGUGAUCGGGAAUAUCAAUUAUGACAGAUGCGCGCCCACUGAUCAGGUUACGGAACAAGCAUGUUCCGUUAUGCAAUCUGUGAGCGCCCAAAUGUCAUAAUGUGAAUGUAUGUCAGCGCAAAGCAAACAUUAAAAUACUGUUGAAAUCUCGGUAAAGUGGCUCGUGAUUGCAAAUUCUGCUGAUGUUUAGCAAACGUGGGACACCAAUUAUCUAAGAUUGUAUCUCCCGAUUCAUAGGCAAAACGAGCGUAUGACAUUCGAGGGGGGAAGUGCGCCGUCCCCGGCUGUAUGUAAAAAGCCGUGCAAAACACUAGCUUUUGCGUUACAUGGAAUUAAUCCGUUGAAGUUAUUCUCGCAGAAACCCCUACUUAUGUAAAAGUUUGAUGAAAUUACGACUGAAAUAAAAACAGUUAGGAGAUUACUAAUUUAGACAAAAGUAGUACUUACAAAUGGCAGCGUAGUUAGUAUAUGUUUUCUCUUCCUAGACUCCAAUGAGUUGCAAAUCUAGCAAAAUGCAUUACAUCUCAUAUCUAAGCAAGCAAAUUACUAAAACGCGUCUUCAUUCCGAUCAAAACGUCUCUCAGUGUGCCAAACCACUGCUUCCUGUAAAUUCCUUGGUAAUGAAAUAGUGUAUGUUCUUUAUAUUAUUCUGUAGUUUUCCAAACCGGUUCGGCAGACAAGAAAAAUAUGAUUUUAAAAAUUAUUCAAAUGAAUCGCUUUGUUGUAGAAGAUUUUAAGGCUAAGUUAUUAAUUGUAAAGCGGAAUUGUUUUAGGAAACGACAAUUCACAUUUCUGCUGCACAUUUCAGAUUUUUUUGUUUUUGGUUAAUUUCAUAAGCAUUUCAAACUCUACCUUCUGAACCAGGUAACUUUCCCGUCCCGACGUCUCGCCUAAACAAAACAAUAGACCGGUUUUCUAUAGUCUUUGCCUAUAAGUAACGAAUUUUCUAUGCGAUGGGAAUUUUUUCAAUGAGAGCUAUAGUCAUGUCUUUCAAAGACCUAUGACUGGGUGUGUAUUCAUUUGCCUGGCUUAACAAUUACCUGCCCGCGGAAGGGUUUUCCUCAUACGUGUAAGGGCAUAAAAUGGUUACACUCGGCAAGGACUUAUUCAGAAACCGCGUUCUUAAGAAGUUUGUUUGAGGGAAUUGUCAGCGGACUUGAUGCCAGUAAAUGCUGUCCCUAAACACGGAACGGACUUGUCUUCAAACUGAUUGGAUAGAUUAUCCGAAAAAUCUAGAAGAGGCAAGUGUCGCAACUUGGCUACGUUUGUCCAAAAAAAGUUCCAUCCAGCGCAAAUCAUUAUUACUGCUGUUUUUGCCUGAGACCCAACCGAGGAUGUGUCAUUAGAAGCUUAGGCACAAAUACUGCUUCGGUGGUCAGGUUUAAGAACUAUAUAGGUACUCUAAAUUUUGUGGCAAUGUACGUUUGUCCCCUUGAUUUUUGUUACGUUAAUAAGUAAUAUAUUUGUGCGGUCAUAGAAAGAUGCCAGUUUGUUCAUCCACGUUGCACUUCUGUAUAAGGGCAAUUAGUUCUUGCCCCAAUCAACAACUUCAGUAGAUCUAGUCUUUAUCAGCUAACGAAGGUUAAUUGCUUUAGUUCGACCUCUUUUUAAAUAAUUCAUUAUGUUCUGAUAAUUACUUUUUAUCUCACAGCAAAGGAACUCGUCCCGCGCCGCUCUCAUUCCUUACAAGUCAUUUGAAUUUUUUAGGCGUCAUUAUGUUUCCGAUGCACGUAAAGACGUACACUGACUAUUUUUUAAUUAAACCGGAAAUAGAUUCCUUUGGCAAUCAGGUACUUCAAUACAUCUACGGAAGGCAUAAAAUGUUGUCCUUUUUCUGGAUAGCCAUUCCAUUUAUUCAUUUCAUAAGCCCUUAUUCAGUUGUGAUUAGCUUUGCAUCCUAUCCUGUUUUUCUUGUUGCCAAAGGAUUGGGGCAGUUUAGCUCAAGAACCCCGGAGAAAUUUUCACUACUUGGGACAUCUUCAUAAUCAAUGACUUAGAAUCCAUCUGAAAUAGUGAGGCGGUUACCUUAACGACGAUGGUAGGUUGGGUCGUCCCGACUACCUUUUUUCUAAGUAAAAAAUAAUUAACUGCGCAAAUCCGAUUGGGGUUUUGGCAGUAAAAUGCAUAAAUAUAUAUCUGUUUAGAGCCAACUCCAAGACGGCUAUCCAGGAAUGAACCGUGAAAUGAACCGUUCGGUGCUACGUCACUGUUCAUUGUUCAACUUUUAUCCAGUCUGUCAUCAAUUAAUGACAAUAAAACUAUAUUAUCAUGCUCUUUAUGUGGCCUCAGUAGCACACUGACAUAUUUGGCCUUCCACAAUGCCUUCUGUUUAACAGACCCGUAAAUCUCUUCACCCGGCUGAUUUCUACUGGGUUACUUAACAAUGUCCAGCAUGAUUUUAUUACAGUUUUGCUUCUCUCUGAAGCCACUUCGUUAGUUAGAAAGACUCGAACCAGCGCAAGAUCACUGUUUACUUGGGGCGUAUGUUUGCCCGUGGGUUAAGAUGACCACAUUACAUCCGCGUUGGAGUAUGGCUGGCCGGCAAUAUCUAAUAAAAUUGGGGGAUCAGUCCAUCUUUGUCAGGACAUCUUUUGGUUAUUGACUCCCCGCUUCACCAUAUCUUUGGAUAAUAGGCAGUGCUUUUGGAAAGUAAUAGCGUUCACCGACGCCUGGGUUCUGUUUAAAAAUAACAAUAGUCCUGUGGCAGGGGCGUUCACUGAUCGUUCAUACGGAACUCACUCGUUCCGUUGUGCCUUAAGGGCUCUCUCUCUCUCGAGCCCAACCAGCAGCCGCACAACGGCGCAUGAUAUGUAGGCAGAAUGGCAUUACCGACGAGUGAGUUCCGUAUGAACGAUCGGUGAGCGCCCCUACCAUUGUAUAUUCCCCAUCGAAAACCGACAGGGCAACGGGCUCGUGGCGCAGUGGUUAGAGGCGUGGAUUUCUAACUAACAGGUCGCGAGUUCGAGGCUCGGGUGUUCCACACUUCGGGCUUGGGUAUGACUGGUUGACGAUGGCUAAUAAGCCAGAAAUGGCCAUUCCAGUCUCCCUUGUCUUUGUCGGUAAUGCCGUCCUGCCUAUAGUCCUUCUGUCCAUAAAUGAAGUCUUAAGACAACACUUGUUUAAUGUGUGGUUUUUGAGUGGGAAGGGACCAAAUCGUGCGGCAAAUCUAUACUUUCAUUUAACACACAAUGCGAAGUUAAUGUGGAAAACCGCGUGAAAAUUUUAAAACUGAACGAGAGUAGGCCUGCCCCACUUGUAAUCGCUGCCGCAAUCAAGGUCGGCGGUUAAAUCUCAAAGGUAGCAUAUAGGAUUUAUUAAUUAAUCCGAAAGCACCCACACUCUUUCCGCAUCAGGUCCUGUCGGCUGAUAGGCAAUAAACGCUGAUGCUGAUCUGAUCAUAGAUACUAUUGAAUGCAAACAGAAAACUGGACUCAAACGGAUCGAUCUGUAAUUCUAAAAAUCAACCCUCAAUAGCCGUCAAUAGUAAAUUUGAAACAGAUUUUGUUCCGGUCUCUCCCUUCCUUUACAAUUCUACCUUUAUGACUGCGCUCUUGAUCAUCAGCUCUGCCACCAAAUCCGUGAGCAUAUUUGCUUUAGUAAACCAAACAGCUUACUAUGCGCCUGUUCUAGGGCGAAUUACUACCGACAUACCAAACAACUCAAAGAUGUUAACAGGCCAUGUAUCCGAUCGUUUAGCGCGUGUUUGUGGUCCGCGUUUCAAACUUUCAUUGAAGUUAUUGCUGUCCAAAGGCGGAAUGAAUAAGUUUGAGGAAGUCUCAACCUUUUCUACUUUUCUCUGUGUACUUCACUUACUUAAUAAAUGUGUAUGAGUACUAAGAAUUGUAGAUACUUCUGUUCUUAUGAGAGUUCCUGUUAUAAGUAAGCGCUUUGUGAAUCCCACGAAUCCUUUCCUGCUAUAACCUGCUUUGCAGAAAUCCCAACUUUAAAAAUCAGGCCAGACUUAAGUAUGUAAUUGCAUGCCAACAUCUGUUCUUCAACCGUAAAACUUUCAGAAAGCCUGCAACUACGAUUUCAUCAAUGUGUACAGCGGCUCGCAGCAGAAUCAACAGAAGAUCGGUACGUUUUGUGGCAAAAACCUACCAGCCCCCAUCACCUCUCACACCAACGAGCUAAGCAUCGAAUUCUACACGGACGGUUCCGUUCAGAAAACUGGCUUCCGGGCAGUCUUCUUCACAGACCUGGACGAGUGUGCCGAAAACAACGGUGGCUGUCAACACAUUUGUCGCAAUACGAUUGGCUCUUACUACUGUGAAUGCAGACCCGGCUUCAAGGUCCACGGGCGUUUCAACUGCAAAGAGAGUAAGUCGCUGUGUAGACCCGUCCAAUCGUCCUUUAAGAUCUCAGCAGGGAUGUGAACCCAACCGCCAACAGACAAUAUUCGCCAUACUCGUUACCUUGGACCACAUUUUAUUAAUAUUUCGCUAAAGGAAACGACUUGAAAUGAAACUUUGUUUCCCUGUGUCCUAUUCCAGUGUGCAAGUUCCUUGCUAUACUGCAUGGUAACUUUUCCCUUGUAGGCAGGACAUGUUGAUAGAUUUGAUGUGCGAGUCAAGUAACUGGUCAAAAAAUUUGAUGGACUAAACCAGUUUUCUAGGCUAAACGAUUGCAGAAACCGGAUGUUAAAUAUUUCGGUGCUCAUUCUGUGCGACCAGUUACACAAGUUGACCAUCAUUCAUAAUUUAAAUAUCUGCUAUUCGGGUUCUUCCAGUCAUAACCCUACAUUCACGAAACGAGGGAAUUUGGAGGUAUAUAUACAUAUGUGGAAGGAGCUGGCAAAAUUCUCUGGGAAGUAUACAACUUAUUUCACAAAUUUAUGAUGCUGGUCUCCCAGCCCGCCGUCAGGCAAUGGAUGGUGCACAAAAGCAAUUAAUUUACCGUGUCUAGCAAGGCAUUCUACUGUUGGCCGACAUCUGUGCCAAUAAGCUCUAACUGUGUUCGUUUGAAUUUGUCCUUUGGGAUUUUGUAUGUGGCAUUUUAAUUCGGUAUGCCGACUGAUGCAUGCCUCAGCUGAGUGCAUUGUUUCCAAGAAUUUGCGGUCAUUCCUUAUAAGGCAGGCGCCGACAAUGUGAGCUUUCUCCCACGCGAAUUUGCGCACAGCGUCCAGCGCGUGCAUGGCCUCCUCUCUUCACCUCCAACUCAUGUUCAUGUAUCCGGGUUAAGUGUCUGUUUUAGCCAGAAUUGCUGGCACCACGCCUGGCACAUGGGAUACUGUCGGCAACAGCUUUUCAAUCGAGGUAAACAACCCUGUCCUUAGGAUAUACAAGCUGUGUAUAAGAUUUUUUCCGGUCGGUCGAUUAGGCAACUAUCUUACGCACACAGCUUCUACACUCUAAGUACAGGUUUGGCUACCUAGAUGGAAAAGUCGCUGCUUUCAAAUUCCCACGUUCCGGUCGUGAUGCCGUCUACCGUGGCUAAACUGGGAUGUAUGUCUCGACCCGAAUACACGAACAUUGGUUAGUGGUAAGGAAGAGGUCAUCUAUCCCAAGUGGUCUUGCACACACUGAACACUGUGUACAAAUUCGCUAGGAAGUAUAUUCGCAUUUUUGGUGCCUGCUCGAAAAGAAACGACCGUGAAUUCUUGGCGGCAGUGCACUCAGAUGGGGCAUGCAUCAGUCGGCAAAUCCAGUUAUAUACCACAUAUAAUGUUCAAGGGCAAAUUUGGACGAACACAGCCAAUCCCGACAAGACGACGCAAUGCUACUAACGAGUAUUGGUGCAGACGUCAGCUAACAGUAGAAUCCUCCGUUAAAAACGAUUAAUUACCUGUCUUUGUACACUACCCGUGGUCUGACAACUAGCUGGGGUACCAGUCUGGAAACUUACGCAAUAAUAAUUGUGUUAUUCUCAGAGAUGUUCGUUACUUCCUAGUAGAUAUAUGUGCAAUAAAGAUAACUGACGCUUACGUAGAUCACUUAUAUGUCAAAUAUAAGGAUGUAUGGGAGGAGAGGGGAUGAGGAAUGGGUGAUGGCAUAGUUACUCUCUUCUGUUUCACAUUAAUGCGAAACUUGAGUUGUAAAAUACAAACGAUCGAUUGUUCACAUGCAAUAAUAAAUUUAUUCGUUCGCAUCUGCUUGAAGUUUGGCGCUAUUCUCGCUCAUACUCGACCUGAAUAUAGCGGUUUUCUAUGGCUCCUUUUUCUAAGGAGACACCUAAAAUUGCCCUCCGCUUUCUUCUCUCAUAACUUUGGUUGGUCCGUACCUGCAUCAACUUCUGACGCCAAUUUUCUCCAAAAGUUUAUAUUUAUCAUCUUAAUUCAGGCCCAAUCAAUGCUUUAAUUCGUGAAACGAAGUUUUGUAAUAUUUGUCCCUUUGAAAACCCACAAAAAGCCUUUUUUAUGCUGUUGCCAGCAGUUUCAAUUUAUAGCGCUCAGAUAAUAUUUUAUCUGCAAGACUUAUCUUAAACUAGCAUUUAGUAUUUCUUUACCCUAAUCGUUAAUCUUUUCCGUUAAAUAUCGAUAAACCAAAGGCGUCACCUCAUAGUCCUAUCACCUUUUCAAUAGACUUCGUUCAUUCAUCACUGGCUAUCAACACCCAUACUUCAUUAGUUUGUUAAACUAGGGCGUGUUGUGAGAUAUAGUGCUUCUGUCAGUCCCAUCAUCUGCACUUUGGCGUAUUUUAGGACCAUAUACCAAUUCCUAAAAAAACAGUGAAAUGUUUUAGGCAGUGAACUUUUACUGCGGACAGGAGAACUUAAGGCUGACCAUCUAGCAGCAGAAUUAGGGAUGUUAAAAUUGACUGCUUUGCUUGCAAAUAACACGGCGACACUUUAUAUUAGUUGACCUCCGCCCUAGAGGUGAACAUUUAACAAUCAUUACGGCCCCAUUAACGUCUCCUUUCGAAAUGCUUCACUCUCGAAUAUGCAUGUCUCGUAAUCUUUGAUCAAAGUGCAGGCUUAAAUGGGCGUCAGACCCCCAGUCGACCCGGUCGACGCAGGAAACUUUGUUGCGCUCAGACAGCAGGCGCUCAACCACUUUCGCUGCACUCACAUUUACAGAAGGACGUAAGUUAAAAUGUCUAAUUCCGUUAACUUCAGUUCUGCGCAAGUUGCUAGGCACAGUUGGCGGUAAACAAAGCGGCGGGGAUCUAGUCAGUGAUCGCUGACCAUGUGUCCUAUUGCUUUUUCACAUGCUCCAAACCGUGGCCGACUAAAUUAGAAUUGUUGUUAAUUGAAACAAGCCAUGUUAGGAGCGAAUUACGUCCUCGUGAACAGGCACACAGGUUUGAUUGUUUUACUGUUCAAGUGCCUCCCAAGUAACUCCGUUGUGGCGCACUUUGGUUUGGAAAUACUGUUCUAUGUGACAAAUCAGCAACAAACGCAUUUUAGAUUAACAUUAACGAUAGUCUGAGCGAUGUUUGCAAUGUGACCUGCUGAAACCCUGACGCAGUCUAAGUAUACUUUUUUCUAACUUUAAACACUUAAGGCACCCAACUGCCCUGUCCGCACUUUGCCUCCAAAAACGAUUGUCGGCUCAUAUUUUCAUUCCUACUGCACCUACUUUAAAACCAGAAUCUACGGUGACACGUUUUCGUUCUUAGUUGGCAUAAGUGCCGGUUGUCAACAAGACAUAUCUGCACCCGAGGGCGAGCUGAGAACCCCUAACUGGCCGAGUGAGUACCCCGCCCGACAGAGCUGUAAGUGGAGAAUAACUGCUACGCCGGGACACAGAGUGAAGUUGGUGAGCAUAUUUUUCGUUGUCAUUUUUAGGACCUAUUUACAUCGACCGCUCUGUUUGCUGAUUGCUAUCAGUCUAUUUAUUUGUCCAGGUUAAGCGUGACAUCUGUUGGCUUUUACUGUUCAUGGUAUUAAUCUUAUUACGCGUUUAACUGAAUAAAAAGUGCGAGUCCACUUACAAUAUCUUCUUGAAAGAGAAGCGGUGCAUUUAAGGAAGCUAGCGUCAUUCGUUAGGAAUAAUAAUCUAUAUGACUGGGUACUCGGGUCCAAUGUCAAAGUCUUGCGGUAGCUGCCCAAUUCAUCAGUUUUAAUUGUUUGUCUGUCUUAUUUUUUGCGUACUUCUCGCAAUGAAGUUUGAAAACACUCCAAAACCACUCCCAUUGAUUACUGUGUCUAAGGAUAAAUGUUUAUUUUCCAAAUUUGACACAUUAUUGGUAUUCGGGGUUCAAUAGCUUCAGGACGAUUCCAUUAGACUGCAAACCGCCGCACAAAUAAAGGAGGAUCGACUUAUGGCGUACUUUAAAAGGCGGUUUUUAACUGUCAACCAUUAUUCUGAUUCACAGCUUAGUAACUGUAGGCAUUGCAAUUAUUACAAUUUAACACACCAAUUCCGCUUCAGAACAAAAUAUUUCUGGUGACUAACAUAUUUAAAGCUCGAACUCUUCGUAGACACUCUGACAGCAUUUGCUCGGUAUAUUGCCCCGUACUCUGAGGUGGCUCGUAGGCUUUUUCUCUAAUCUAUCUACUUCGCCAGUGCCUUUCGUUCGUUGUAGAAGCAUCGUCUCUGCAUCCCUUUAACUUUUUAAACAUUUUUGUAGGUAUUCGACGCCUUCGAAAUCGAGUCGCACCAGCAGUGCAUGUAUGAUCGUGUCGUGGCCUAUGAUGGUCUGACAACGGACGCCCCUCAACUCGGCCGAUUCUGUGGUAGUCGGAAACCGCCACCGAUACUAUCCACGCAAAACACCUUACUGCUGGCCUUUAACGCUGAUGGAUCUGUUCAGCGCAAAGGAUUUAGGGCACAACACUCGACCGGUAAAGCAAUGAAGUUGUUUUUACUCUGGGCUGCUUUUUCUACCAUGUACACAUUACAGAGUCUUCAGAUGCAGCUGGGGUCAUGAAAUGGCUGUCUCCUCUAUUUGUUCUCUCAGCUUAAACUGAAGAGAGUAAGCAAGCAAGCACCUUCUUUCAACUUGAUUAAACAACAACCUUCGGCGUGUACAUGAGUUCAAGUAAAAGUCAGUCAACAAGCGACGAAGGAGUUUAUUGGAUGACCUAAUAACCUUGGGCAAAAGUAAACAAUAUUUCAAAAAUUGGGCAAUGACCAUGCCUAUCCGUUAAUUUCAGUGUUCAUUCUAAAAAAUGCAGAUUUUUCUUAGCUUCAUACGUUGACAUUUUCAUACACGUGAACGCAGUACCCGGCAAGGCGUAAAAUAGUAACCUAUGAGCUGUGUGAUUAGUGCUUCACAGUGCAUGUGUGGACUUCACGACACACCCUUCUGUAAGGACCCAACGCAGGGUAGCUGUGGUAGGCAGACCGCCAUGCCAGCCUGUGAUGUUUACGUCUGCGGUCAGGGUAGCUUUCAGAGCAUCUUGUCGCCGGCUCCACGAUUAGCUCUGCUCCAGUGCAGCCUACUUCCUGAUCUGACUUCAGAUUGUGGACAGCGAUUUGAGGCAGCUUAUGGCUCCCUACCUUCCGUCAGUUUGUGUCCCCGUUUCGCAAACGAUGCCCUCUGAACUAUCAGCUAAAAGUACCGGGCCGAAAUUGAUUAGUGAUAACCUAUUGUCUAUCUGAGCUCAGGUGGUUUUUGCCUCACAUUAGUGUCUUGAUCACAGUAACGUCUACUUGCCGGACGAUACCGACGGCGAUUUCUACGGCAAAGGGAGCCGCAGUCUUGGCGACCGCCUCUAUUUGACCCUUUGACAGCUUCGGGCUGGAUGUUUAUUUGCCAUGACUUCGUUUAGUCCAAAUUCCUUAUAGUCCUUCCUCUGGGUCUUGCAGUACACUCUGGCCCCUCAAAAGAGUCUUCGUCGGACUCUGUUAUGUUAAUAAGUUCACAGUUCAUUUUCAACAGACUUCCUUUAAUUUUUGCUAACAUCGUAUCUGUCCGCCUUGUUUAUGUGCCAAGCACUGCUUGAGCGACAGAAUGAGGUAACAAAAUGUAGUUUGUUUCAAUCAGCUAGAAUGACUGGUUAGAUAUUCCAGUACAACUGCCUAUAUUGUUUGCACCAGAAAUUUGGUGCAACUAAUUUCUAUCGCAAACCCUACUCUUGUUCAUAUGUAUGAUGAAAUUUGCGGGUAAGUGCUAAAUUUUUCACACAUUUUGGCGAGUUUUUUUCUGUCUGCCACAGCAGUUAGCAUUCACAGGAACAGCUUGGCAUGUAAGUUGGAGAUUGUCUUGCUUGCAGUCUCGCUUGGAAUUGGUUUGGAAAAAUUUCUCCUUGCCUCCCUCCCUAAGAUACGUCGAAAACUGUUGUUUUUAUUUUACAGUCUGUGGUGGAGAGUUAAAGGCCGAGCUUACAGCCCAGAAUCUCUUCUCCCAUGCCAAGUUUGGCGACCUCGAUUACCCUGUGAACCAGCAGUGCUUCUGGACAAUCAACGCAAGCCUAAAAAACUACACCAUUCUUCUGCGUUUCUCAUUCUUUGAAAUAGAAGAAGAGACUCUUUGCACGUGAGACUUCGAAAAUUUGUCUUUUCAUUUGCAUGCAUUUGCGUGGCAUUAAAAAUUUUCUAAAUGCGACACGGAUCGGAUGUCCAGUCCUUCUUCGAGACUGGUCUUCUUUUCGCUGCCAAUCUGACCGAGUACUUUUUCACGUAUUAUAGAGGCCCAGAAGACCUCGUUGAACCCGUACUUUACUUACUAUUUUUCCUGAAUUAAAAUUCUGGUUUCUAAAUAAUAAAGCCUCGUAGCAGCUGAAAAUGCUUCACUACUUCACGGUUCUUGGUGACGUUGCUCCCCGGCAAUUACUUCAUGGGAUACACCUGUGCGAGCUUUUGUUACCCUGUUGCAUAUAUAAAAAUUUGUGGGCAGCAGUAUUAUUUGGCACUUUAAUGAUUGGAAAUUCAAGCCUUAGGCUGAAGAACGGUUUGGUCUGUGUAGCAUGCUGCAUAGUUAGAGCAUUUGAGGUCAUAUGGGGGUUAGCUCCACACUGUAUGGGGAGAGGGUCCGUCAGACGUCAGAUAUGUGAACUGCUUGUGCUUCAGGCUUUCAGUGAUACUCAUUCACUGGACCUUGGUAUCGAUUUUGGUGUUGUUCACUGCGGGCUUACCAUUAUUUUAUUUAGAUUUCAAAUUGGACGGAAAAUACUGUGUUGCCUACCAGCCAAAUGAUUUGUUUUCAUGUUGAUUUGAAAUAUUUGGAUUAAGGCGGAGUGGUCUUUUUAGUCUCUUGGACAUUUGAAGCGCCCGAAUAGGCAUUCGUCUUAGUCUUAUUAGACACACUUUUUUCGGGUAUUCGCGAAUGUUAUCUUCCAUCUCUGUCAUAUGGUUGUGCAGUCCUUCUGCAGCUGACGUUUUUGUUGGUUUAUUUGCGCUUGGUGAGAGGGGAAGAUUGCUAUAAUUAUCAUUCAUAUGCUAGUAGAGGACGGUUCGGCUAGAGUUUAAAAACCGAAAUCCGCACUAUUAGAUAUUAGCAACGCUCUUGACAGAUCAGGUAUCUUAAUGUAGUCUACGUUGCUUACAGCCGGCCGUCCUUAUGGCAAAUGUUUUCACUUACUCGAUAUUAAAGGUUUUUCAGUUCUCGAGCUGCUAUGAAAUAAGAAGAGGUACAGUUAUAUUCAAAAAUAAGCAAUAAAUGAAAUUUGAAGUUCGUACUCCUCUUAGUACUGACGACCGGGCACCUGGCUGUAAGUGUGAUCAUUAAACGUCAUUCUGGAAUGGCGCUGAUCGACGUGGCCGAAUUGCCAUAAAAACUACGUUUGCUCAAUUUUGUCCGAUAACCUCGAUAUAAACCCGGGACAGCCAGUCACAGUAGUCGAGAGAGUUGCGGAAAAUGACGAGGAGGAACCGGCUAACUAUUUUCGUUAACCAAACAACUGUCAAGUUCAAAUUGGAAAAAAAUUCAGGUAAGAUCGCAGUUGGUAGCCAGGAAUUGGAAGCGGACAGCGACCUAACCCUAAUCCUAACCUUAACCCUAACUCCAACCUCAACAUUAAACGUUAACCGUUAACCCUAAUGGCAACCCUAACCGAAAUCGUAAACGUAAAUAUAGCCCUUAGACAGAGGCGUAAAUGAAAAACCUAACCGUAAUACUGAAACCUAAUCGUACUCUCAAACCCUAACCGUAACGCGAAAACCUAAGCCUAAAUGCAUAACCCUAACCCGAAAAUCGGAAACUGUUAACCGGUACCCUAAUCCGAACCUCAACCGUAAAACGGAAGCCAAAUGGGUCACAUGUGAUUAUGGAAACCCACAAAAUAGCCCCAGUAAACAAACCCCCCAGCCACCUGUAAUGCGGGGCCUAGGUACCAACUGCGAUCUAGCCAAAAUUCACAUUUAAAGUUUUCUGGGUUUGUAUUAGGGUUAUAACUGACUGCAUGAAUAAAUAAAAUAAAUCAGGUGAUUCGAUCCUUUUUGCCUCCUGCUGAAAUUAGAAUUUUGUACGCAUUGCCUCCUCUACUUUAAUGCAGCGAUCUGUGACUGUAAGUCUUGAACUACCAACCGAUAUUUGAAUGCAACGAUGAGAGAAAACUUCAUCUAUGCUACCCCUGAGUACUAAUGCUCAGAAACGAAAAUAAAUGAAGCCAGCUUUUCGAAAGUUAGGGCGGGUACAUUUACGCAAGAUAUAAAAAUUCCAACCACUCAAUUCGCUUUCAACCAUCAGACCGCUAUCUGAAGAGUAAAAAGCCUCACAGGUCCCUUCGAAUCGACUCCAUUUGACUUGAGCACUCUUCAUGCUUCGGACUCGACUAUUAAAAAUCAACCCCCUCCUGUUUUGUAUAAGAUUUGACUACAUCAGCGUGCCUAAAUUGACAGAUAAGUAUAUAUUUUAUGGUGUGAGAUUACACAGUAAUGUAUCCUCUCCGUUUUUUCUAGAUACGAUUACGUCAAACUUUUUGAUGGUCCUGAUGGGUCUUCACAGCGGUUGGGUGAAUACUGCGGCCGAAAAGUAAGAUUAUGAUGACAAUGUUUGUGAAAAUUGUAUUUUAAAGCCCAACUUGCCGCCUCAUAUGUUUAGUAGCUUUGUAAGCCCUAGUGUGCGGUGCUCUCGUUUCCUGACAAAUUUAUGCGACCGAACUUUGGCAUAGGAUUUGUCUUGAAUUCUACAUGUACUAUUAGCUUUUAAACAACCAUAAGUAGAUAGAAUUAAUUUUGGUUUAGCUUCAACAUUUGCAUUGAAAUAAAAUAAGUUUGUGAUGGGAUUUGAGUUUCGCAAACAUAUAACCGGUUUUGCAGUAGCGCACUUGCACUUUUCACCGGAAACAGUUGUUGAGACGUAUUUGACGUCGUAUCCGUGGGCUAGGGUACGUGACUAAUGCUUUACUUAGACCAUUUAUCUGAGCGAGGGAGGUAAAUUCAGGAUGGUCUACUUUAAGCGGAACUCUUCUUGUCUUCAAACUCCGGUCAAUGUACUAUCCCCUGUAGUACGCUUAGCUUUUAUUUCUCUCUGUAAAAACUUGCGCCCAACAUCCUACAUUAUAUUAUACAUGCAUACUUCUUUAAAAAUCAGGGUUCAUUACAGCAGGUUUAAUUGCAGUUUGUGUCAUAAUCGAAUCAAACAGCUGAAUACUCCUUACUUGUGUUCUCUAAAAAGGCGUGAAGUAAACCCCGACGAGAAGCUCGUUUCACGCAAGCCAUGACUUCGGGCCAAAACCUUAGCUAUGGGUUUGCUCAGAUGAUCUUGAUUUACUGCAACUAUGGCGGGUGCUCAAAUCGUCAAAUUGACUUUCAAGUGGAAGAUGCUACUUUAAUUGUGCAAAUUAAUGUCAACCCACUUGUCACAUUGAAGUACAUUACUAAUACCAACACUCACCCUUGGCGGUUGUCCUUGUGAAAAGCGGCUUAUGUGCACACACUUUAGCCAUUGACGCUAGAUACCACCUUGCUGCUGGGUAGCUGGGUUAAGGAAGAGGCCACGCUCAUUUCCACGAGUCUGACGGGGACGUGAUUUUUGAAAGGUCAACGCCGACUCCCUGCUAUCAAAAACAUAACUCCAUUACAUCUCCCUCUUUAUAACGAGUCCGAUUUAGACGUACCGAAUUGCCUGUUUAGCAGAUCGUUAGGACCGACUGCAAAAUCAACAUUACCACUUCCCACGCUUUGCCCCUGUCACGCUGAUACAUAAAGCUGCGUUGGCUGCAACUACAUCGAUAUGAUGUUUUUCUGGGUCGCGUAGCCGCUAUGCCUCUAGUAUGUGUUUUAUGAGGAAUCAACACCACGAAGCGCAACCAAGUCAACAAUAAAGUCGAACCCGCGGCCUUUAUGAUGGCCAUGAAAUCUCAUUUGAGAUGCGAUCUCUGCUGUCUUCGCUGCUACCUUCACAUCCUAUGCCGUAACUGUCGACCAAUUUAACCACAGUGUUUGACUCCUCUGCAAAUUUAGCCUGGCCUUUGAACAGUUAGAGACCUCGCCCUGGGUGAAUCCUCUGGCGACGCAGUUUUGGUUCCUGUUUGUGGAAGUUUUCCACUCUGACUAAUAUACGGAGUCUUGUUAAAAUAUUGGGGGCCGUUUGAAUAUACGCUAAACAUCGCUAUGUGUUUAGCUAGUUGGUGUCCCUGCCUCUGUCUUUUGGGCCCUCGAAAGGCAACUGUCGGUAGCCCGCAUGUGGUUGUAAUCAGCCUUCGAGGCAGAUGUCGCACUGCAUUGGGCUCUCACUCACCGGUGAAAUGCGUGCAGAUAGCUUUUUCUGUCUCCGAGGGUGCUUGCUUUAAAACCGUCAAAGUUAGUUGUGUCUCCAUCAACUGCCUGAACAUUAUUUUUACCACUUUUUGACCAUCGGCUUUCGCCAGAAUGUUUUGAUUAAUUUCUAUGAAUAAGAGAUGAAGUACUUCUGUUUUUAGCCCACUCAAUACAUAGGGUGCAAACUUUACAUGAUACAUGAUGACAGUUCAACGAUCGUGCACGAGGAUGUCAACGGUGUGCUCCACAGCAAGAUUAAGCUGGCACGGUGACUUUCGCGUGAAUUAGUUUAUAGAGAGAGUAGACUUGCACAACACCUACCGUAAACCUCUCCUCCUCCCCAUCUGGGCUCAGUAUCAAGAUAUAGUUAAGAUGACCGGAGGCAGGAGAGGACGCAGGUGGCUGGCACGGCCGGACCCGCACCUAGGCGUAUCACCACACCCCGCAGUCCACAAUAAGCACUUGACCAGGAUUUUAACCAACAACAACAGCAGCAAUACAACGGUCCAGAAAGAGGAGGAUGACUGGGCAACAAUGCUCACAACCUAUAUGCCCAGCGGUAGCGAAAACGCAUCUGCCGCUAGAGAACCAUGUGCCAAAGAACUGCCAGCGCACACCAGGCUGCGAGAGCCACGGUUUGCUUAGUAAGAGCAUAGAAGACGUUCGCACGCCUUAAGACCCAGUUUUGGAAUAUUUUGUUUUCAUCGGCUUUCAGUAGUUCAUGUGAGUCUGAAACAAGUUCUGCGCAUCAACUUGAUUGAAUUUUCAAGUUAUUUUGCACCUGUGUACCAUGAGAGCAUUUGCAACUUCCGACGCCAGCCUUUAUGAGAUAGUAUUCUAAAAUACUUGAAGAAUUCGAAUUUCCAAUAGAAGCGAAGAGACGAGUCCCAGGAAGCAGUCUUGAAGAAGAAGAAGAAGAAGAAGAAGAAGACACGAUCACCGGCUAAUAAAGCUCUUGUCCCGCGAUCGUGGCUUCUUCUUCAAAAUUCGAAUUUCGUUUUGUAAAAAUUAAAGAAAACAUAUCUAUCGGACUGCCUUUGUUUUCCGACAAAUUUUUUGAUAACCCUUCAAACCAUUUUCUAAACCAAAUAUUGGAUUUUUUCGAUACCUUUUUCUGAAUGCUCCCUUAGAUACGUUUUUCUGUUCGUCUUCUUUUUAAAAAACAUUCUUCAUUAUAUUUACGUGGGGAAACACACGCAAGAUAGAUCUUCCGCUCGUGUCAUUACUUUUCAAAGAGUUAUACUAAUUUCGGGUUAAGGGUGGUUCUAACAAACUUUAUUGUCAAGUGGUCGUCAUUGCUUGAGUUGAGAACUACCGAGGAUAUAAAUUCGCAAUCAAGAAGGCUUUUUUCCUCGGUCGGAAUUUCCUCAUCGUCCUUUUCGAUUCCGGUGGAGCACGCUGCGAAAUUCUACAAUUUUCCCUUUCUGACGAUGAAGGCAAGCUCAAUGAAUCCUCAUCCAUGAUUUUGUCGAGUUUCAAGACUACUCUCUCAUUUGCUGAAGAUGGACACUGAUGGACGCGAGACCGUUUAGGCUUAAAAUCGGUCGACUUAAAGAGACCACAUGGAGCUUUAACUUUGAGUUUCCAGAGCCAACGGCGGACUCCUGUUACUUUAGAUGGCGUGGCAUUCUUAUAAAAUUGGAGAACUUGGCGGCUGAGUAACGUUUUCAGACUAUGGUUAUCUGACAUUAAGAUUCAUAUUCAUGGUCAUCUGAGAAAUGAAAACAAAACACGAUGUUCGAAUUUGGCGAUGCAAUUCGUUCUAUUUCAAAAAUUACUAUCGUAUAUGGUGAAGAUGUAGUAUUGUGAUGUCGUCAGGAAUGAAUGCGUCAGUCAUUCCAUAGAAGUCUGCCUUCCACCUUUACUUACAGACAAAAUUCUACAAGCUGCCUAUUUAUAUCUGAACUGCCAUUGUCCCACUCCCCUUUCGUCAAGCGAAUUCGCCGGAAUCUUUUAUUUCGCCGUUACUGCCCCUUCUAAAGCACUAGAUAAGUGCUCAUGGAGGCUUUAUUGAGUGAAGGGAAAUAAAACGGACUUUUAAAGUCUUGCGCUCAUCUAGUACAAGUUAUCGAUGGGUUUAACCAAUUUUUAAUUAACUCGAAGUAGCGUUGUGUGUGUGUGUGUUAGAGCAGAUUAUGGCGCCAUACCCGCAGUAUGUUUUUUGAUGAUCUGCCGCUAUGGGGCCUGCAUCAUUGAUGACCCACAACCGUCACAAUUCCUUUGUUGCCGCCGUGUUUAUGCGUUUCAUUUCCUAGCAACCUGGUUAAGUUUCACCAGCUGUUCCAGUUACGUCUUUUGUUUCAUACUGAUGCCUGAGUCCAUAUGCAUGCAUCCGUGUGUCCUGGGAAUCCAUUUGCAGGACUUAAGCUGGAACAAUGGCCACAUGGGUUUCCUUCAAGGAUAUUAAAAAACUCUUAAGUGACUAGGUAAUAAAAUCGACCAGAGAAUUGGGUGGAAUUGUAGUCGGGGUGUCUUUGUCAGGGUUUUACUGAAGGGCAUAUGAAAAAAACUGGAACCAAAUGGCUGCUUAAAGUUAAGUAUUUAAAUUUGACGCAUUAAGACAUUUCUCUACUUAGCUCUCAACACGCCUUAUCUUUUAAAGAUCGAUGUUUUGGGAUGCAAAGUAGUCGUUUGGUCUUUUAUGGCCUCAAGCAGUUGGAUGAGGUAACCAUAACCUCUGGAAAGUGUUCCAAGGACACGAGGAAUCACACUUUAUUUAUUUUUGUUGCGUAAAAGACGAUGCCCGCAUUAAUUGCCCUGUAAGCUAGUUAAUACUUAUAUCGCGAAUUUUCUUUUCAUAGCUAUAAUACAGACAGGGUUUUUUUUUCCGGAUUCCAGUAUAUUGCAUAAAAUUGACCAGAACAUCUUUUCAUGCAUUUAGCAGAUAAUUUUUUAGUCACUGUUCACCCUGCAGCAGGUCAUCGUGUCCAACAAAAUGAUCUUACAUCCGUGUAACGCAGCAUUUGUAAAAAACCGUCUUUCGCUUUUAACAGUCGAACCUCAAAAGACAAGUCGAUGGGUUAUCAAUUGAGUAUUUUCUGCGGUUGUGUACUUUUCGUAUGUCUGUCAUUGCUAAUGUCCUACCCUGGUUAACACUGACUUACAUACCGGACAGUUAGAAAGUCUACGUUCUGUGGAGGAUCUGCCCUGUCGACCCCCUUUAUUUGGAUCACUUUAACCCCUGAACUAUCAAGUGCUCUUCAUCGGCUCUGAAAAUAAUCGAUAUUCGAUUGUCGAGGUACUCCACGCAAAUUCAACCGGUAGACUGUUGAAGUCUGACACUAGAUGUAUGUUUUCUGGUUUUGUAGGUUUCGUGUUUAAAUAAGUUAUAUUCAAAAGCACUUUCUAAAUGCCAAAAUCACAGAUCAUAUCAGUUUGUCCGGAAAAACACUUAAUUUGUUUGAAUUCUAGUGUUUUCGUCUUGAUGGCCUUAAAGUUGAUUCUCGCAUUGAUGUACAAAUACCCGCAGAAAAAGUACUUAUUCUACACCUUCCUCAACACAUUUUUUUCCAAUUAAAUGUGUGUCAUUCGAAGUACAUUAUAUCCUUUUCUCUCCAGCUCCCCCCGGACACCUACGCAGACUCGGGGAGUCUUCACGUCCAGUUCUAUACUGAUGAUACCAUCAGUGGGAAGGGUUUCCAUGCCCAGUAUAUGCUCGUGCCCUAUAACUCCGCAGAGCACCAGACACGUAUAAACACUCUGGCGAAGGGUACCGACAUGGUCGGCGUUCACCGCCUGAGCCCUCAUUCGCGACCCAUUGAAAUGAUUCAGCAGUACCAUCAGCCAGUGUACAAUCGGCGCCAUGUCCCCACUAGCACGCACGCCAAGAUGGCAGAGGCUUCGACGCCUAUGACCUACGACAACAAGAUUAGCAGGUCUGCCUUCGCCUCCUCUUCCUGGAAGUAUCCUGCCGGAGGACAUCGUUCUCCUUACUACGGUAACGGUCUCGUCUCAAGUGCGCACAGUUCCUUCAGCCCCUCUCGAUUGUCUCUGUCUCAAAGACCGAUGCAAUACGGCGGGCACGUUGUCGGACAGGGAAGUUCCUGGAACAGCGGCAGAACUGCUGACAGUCGUCCAUUUCAGCACUACAACUAUCAGCACGACCGACGAAUGCCACCCGCCUACGGACAUUUUAGAAGGCGCUCAAAUACUGCGCAGAUAAGGACAUCACAGCAACAGUCAUUGCGACACCAAUCAUCGCUCUUUGUUCCCACACAACUCAGCGGCUCCGAAAAAUCGAUCUCUUUUACCUACGGCGCCGAUGGCCGUGGGGAGAACCGGCACACUUCGUGGACUGGUUCUGCUGGAUCUUCUUCUUUACUAAUGAGGAACUAUUAUCAGCAACAAUACCCCCAGCUUCGACCUGACACUGAGUACGGUAUUCACGAGGUAGACGGUGGUACCGGCCACUAUGUGCCGCCCCUCGUACGUCGUCAGGACUCACCUGAAAGGAAGGUCCAAAAUUAUGCAGCGGGUUGGCGUUAA